CCUCUGUGAUCACUAUUACUCUACACAGCAGAAAACCAGAAAGAAACAUUUUAUUUUACGGGAUAAAAAUCGAAAAGCAGAAAAUUUAGAAAUAGACUGAAAAACAAGAAAAGAAAGAAGAAGAACGAAACGAAAAAAGAACCCUAAUUUUCGCAUCGAAUUCUUCGAACAUGGAGAAUUCAUACGAGUAGCAGUCACUUCAGUGAGGGUUUCAAUCAAUCUUUCUUCCUUUUUCCACAUUAUCUCUCUCUCAUUUCGGACUUUGGGACUGAGCAGAUUUUGUUUUGCUUUGAGUAGGAGCUAUGGAAGGGGACAAAAAGGGUGUUCUUAAAGGACGUCAAGGCACUGCCUUUAAGAAGAAGGGGCCGAGCAAGAAAGGAAAAUGGGGUAACCCUAGGCAGGAUAAUAUUGAGAACACUCAGGUUCCUAACCCAACUGACACUGUUUACCGUAUACUUUGCCCGUCGAGAAAAAUUGGUAGUGUUAUUGGUAAAGGUGGUGGCAUUAUUAAAGUCUUGAGAGAAGAGACUAGGUCGAAAAUAACGGUUUCUGACUCAAUUCCUGGAUCGGAUGAGCGGGUGAUAAUGAUUUAUAGUCCACCCGACAAAGCCUCGAAGAUAGAAUCGGAGGAUGGAAAUGAGAUCUCCAUGCCAUCACAUUGUCCUGCUCAAGAAGCUCUCUUGAGAGUUCAUGACAGGAUUAUUGAGGAAGACUUGUUGGGUGGAGGGGAAGAUGUCGAAGAUAAAAACUGCAUAGUUACUGCUCGGCUUCUUGUUCCGAAUAACAUGGUAGGAUGUCUUCUUGGGAAAGGUGGAGAUGUUAUCCAGAAACUGAGGAGUGAGACUGGUGCCAGCAUUCGCGUGCUUCCGUCUGAGCAUCUUCCUUCAUGUGCCCUACGUACCGAUGAACUUGUGCAGAUGCAAGGAAAACCUACAAUUCUGAAGAGAGCACUAUAUGAUGUUUCAACAUUGCUACAUCAAAAUCCACGCAAAGAGAAAGCUUUGAAUUUCGCCCUGCCUUCUCGAGGCCCAGGUUUUCAUGCUGCCGGUCCUCCUUUGACAAAUAUGCCUCCGCCUCGUGGAGUUGACCCUAUGUGGUCUCCACGGGAUCCUUCUCGACACAUGCCACCACCACCUUGGAUGGAGGACUAUGGGCGCCAUCCUGGAUUUAACCCGGGGGCUUUUGAUGAUGAUCUGGCCAGGCCUGGUGCUGAACCUUCAGGUGAAUUUUCCUUGAAAAUUCUAUGUCUAGUCAGCAAGAUUGGGGGAGUGAUUGGCAAAGGAGGCAUCAAUGUGAGACAGCUACAGCAGGAGACUGGUACAAGUAUUCAUGUUGAAGAUGCAUCUAACCAGUCAGAGGAGCGUGUUAUUCGUGUUUCGGCUUUUGAGACAUUGCGAAACGAAAGAUCACAGACCAUUGAUGCAAUUCUUCUGCUUCAAAAUAAAGUAAGCGAGGUAUCUGAGAAGGGUAUAAUUACUACAAGACUAUUAGUUCCCUCUAAUAAGGUUGGGUGCCUCCUCGGUCAAGGAGGUACAAUCAUCAAUGAAAUGAGAAGGAGAACACAGGCAGACAUUCGUGUAUAUUCUAAGGAUGAAAAGCCUGAGUGUGCUUCAGAAGAUGAGGAGCUUGUUCAGGUGUCCGGAAGUUUUGCAGUAGCCAAGGAUGCCUUGGCAGAGAUAGCAUCUAGGCUAAGGGCACGAUGCUUGAGGGAUGGUAGUGCUGCAGCAGAACCAGCUCCACCUCCUCCAAGACCUGUCCAAGGAUAUGGUCCCAUUGGAGGUUUUCCUCGAGGAGGUCCCCCAACUGGUCCAGUUGGUAUGGGAUCCUCUGGUAGCUACAAUGCUGUCAAGGGUGGCAUGCAUGACUAUGAGGCUCCUAGUUAUCCAGUCCAGCCAAGUGCAUCUCGGUACACGAAUCCUAAUAGUUCUAAUGAGGUUCACUACCCAAAUAGUGGGAUAAGUUCUGCUCCUGGAGCUGGUGGAAGUUUCUACGGCAGUACUCCUGAGGCUCCUGGAAUGAGAAUGAAGCAUCAUGAUCCAUACCAUGGCGGGUCUGAUUCCGUGGUUGACAUUCGUGGUGGCUCUGACCGUUAUCCUGCUCCACCAGCUAAUUAUAAUAAUUAUAACGGGCCGAACAAUCCUCAUCAGGGAGCCUAUCCAGAUCCGAAAGGACAAGGCACUUAUCACAGUAUGCACAAUCCUCAUCAGGGAUCCUAUCCAGAACCAAAAGAACAAGGCUCAUAUCACAGCAUGCCUCCGCAGCAAACUUCUUAUCAAAGUCCGUAUCAGAAUCACCAUCAAAUUCCUUAUCAACAGAACAAUGCACAGCAGAGCCCCUACAGAAACAUGAAUGCUCAGCAUAGUGCUUACCAGAGUGUUACAGCCCACGGUUCCUACCAAUAUUAACUUCUAUUUCUGAGCAUUUUUGUACCAUAUAGCUGAAAUUUAUUAGUUUGAUGGGAAGUUAGUAAUGCAACUGUGGUCGUUUAGAGGGUGAUUUUUCGUUCCUUCUUACUCUUGUCUUAAUUUUUUUUUUCUUUCAUUUUCUCAGGGCUUGUUUUCCUGUAUUGAUUAUCGUUAUCAUGCCCGUUCUGCUCAAGGAAAUUGUAAGCUUAUUGUAAUGUGUUAGGAGUUUUAUGAUCUGCAUACUUAGUUUAAUCUCUGUAUUGAUAGAUCAUUGGCGGAUUUUUUUUUAAUUGAGCCUAAUAGAUGUGGAGAUUGGCUGAAAUUUAGGAUAA